ACCCGCACCUUGCCCUCCGGGUAGAGGCUGAGAAGUAAAGAUCAGGAACGAGGAGGAGGAGCAACUUCCCAGACGUGUAGAACUUAUGAAGUUUAUGAAGCAGCUUCCCAGACAUGUAGAGCGUAUAGAGAGGUGAGGCAGCCAACCUCAGCCACAUUCAGCUUCCUGAAGAGAAUGACUAAAGGACGACGCUUCAACCCACCUUCAGACAAGGAUGGGAGAUGGUUCCCUCACAUCGGGCUAACGCAAAAGACACCAGAAUCCAACACCAGUGCUACGUUAAAAGAGCCCCAGAGUCCACACUCGCCUUGGGAAGUGGAGGGGAAACUGCCGCCCAUAUACAAAGUCCGGGAGAAGCAAGCCGUGAAUAACCAGUUCCCCUUCUCCGUGCAUGACAAUCGGUACAGUUUGGAGAACUCUGGAUGCUACCUUGACUCCGAAAGAAUGACAGCAACGGUCCCACAGGGAGAACCAGGCAAGAGACAAGAGUUCUGUGAGCCGGUGAGGACCCAGUCUUUUCCUCGUCCGGGCCUGAGGACUAAUGCACCCCUCCUUGUAGUGUGAGCUCUUUGGGAGCAAGUUUCUGUCACCCAUUCCCCAGUCCUGACUAAUAGAAUGUGUAUUAGUUGGGAAGCAAAGGACCUUUUGUCUUAGCCUAACUGGUUAGUAACCACCAGGAUUUAUUUGGUAUUCUUGGAAAAAUAAAUUCCCAGCUAUGGAGAAAUCCUCUUAUUCUGCUUGCCUGUGUGGUCACAAGUAUUAAUAGGGCUGUCUCCCUGGCAGGAAGAA